UUUCCAAUGGAACUUACUUACCAAGUCUAAAUAUCAUGCUAUAUAUAAAAUGCAACAGCUUUUGUCAAAAGGGACUCUGUCCUAAUACUAACCUAAUCAUAUACUCGUUACCUAGGCGAUAUGUCAGCUGCCAAAGCCUAUGGAAAUUUAACCCAAGCUUCAUUAUGACCACUAAUGAUGCCUUCACUUCUCGACCAUUCGCGAGCAAAGUAAAACACUACAAUGACAACAUAAUGGAUUCAUCUGUACCAGAAGUGUGGCAUAAGCUCUUCGGACAAUUGGUCUCGCAUCGCAAAAGGGUUGCUGCUGCACAUGAUGUACCCGCCUAUGUGAUAGCUUCAAAUAAAGUCCUGGAGCAGCUGGCUAAAACCCGCCCGACUAAUAAGAUCCAGCUCUUAAAGGUGAAGGGCAUCCGAGAUCGGAAAGUUGAGGCGUAUGGCGACGAAUGGCUAGAGAUAAUUGCACAAGACAUUGCCAAGCAUCCCAGGAAAAGCACUACUCAGACGAAUCCGCCUUUGGAGCCUGAAAUUGUGAAUCGGGCUCCUCGUCACCCAAGAGAUGAUUACCAGAAGCAGCAGGAAAAUGGGUCAUCCAAGGAGUUAUAUAGGCGUCUGGCAGAGCACCGGACGGCUCGUGCUGCUAUAGAGGCCCGACCCCUGUUUAUGGUUGCUUCUAACUCGCUCCUAGAAACCCUCGCUAAGCAGCGUCCCUCGAACCAGCUUGAACUUCUAAAUGUUCACGGCGUAGGAACAAGCAAGGCAACUGAGUAUGGGCCUGACUGGCUCCAAAUAAUCGCAAAGUUCAAGGCCGAGUACAAGUCUGAAUUCCCUCAACCGUCUAUUACCGACACCUCUGCGACCUCGUGUGCUGCGGAGGAUAUUCAACAACCGCAGCUAGGUGAUCGACCAUCCAAACAAAGUUGGAUCAGAAAUGUUGGUCGCUCAAAGGAAAUCCUCAUAUCGCGACCUCUACCGAGUAGUGGGCUAUCAUUAGAAAUUGGUGGAACGCGGUCCAAUGCCGCCGAAGCAUCGGCUAAAAAAGACGACGGUGACAAUUAUGAUGAUUCAGACAUCGAGGAAACAUUCAUGGAACUCAUCGCACCUUGUGAAUCGCCACAGCCAAAGCUUGAGCAAUCUAAUAGCCCGGUACUUCUUUACGAGACCCAACCCUUACCUCCCAUUCCCCAACCAGUGGAGAAAGAAGUAGAGCUUCAGCUGUUAAGUACGGAGCAGAAAUUACUGUUGCAAAAGUCACUGCGGCAAAAAUUGGAUGCUUAUGUUAGAAGUUUGAUCUGGGCAAUGGACCUGGAGCCUACUCAGCCAAUAAUUUCCGAAGAUACUCUUCAGUUCCUCGUCACGACGGUACCACAAACGCUCGACGAGCUACAUAAAAUACCAGACAUACAGGGGUUUCUCGGGGCCUGUGAGGAGGCUAAGAAAGAUUUUUGGCGGACAUACUCAACGUGGAUACAAGACUUGGGGCUUAUACGAAGUCCAUAAACCAGAUGGAGGGGAUGCAUUCGGGCUCCAUGGAUGUUGACCUCGGCAAGGAUGACCAUGUCGCAACACUUGUCCCAACUACCCUCCGGUAGUUGACGCCGCUGCAAUUAUGAUAAUAUGGAGACUUCGGUCACAGCUCGGAAUCAGUACUCUACAAGGGUAAAUAAGUAGCCAAUGAGGUAGAUUAAGUAUCUGGAAUACUAUGUACAGUUGGACGAAAUAAUCAGUUCUGGAAACGCUAUGGGCUCGAGGUGGUAUAAUCGACCAUGGUUACAGUGUCAUUGGGUCGAGGAACGUGGAUAAUAUAAACUCAUGUGUCCUCCAUAGCCACCCAAUAGAAGUCAAUCAACACUACUUCGAAGGCGAACAGGCAAGAGCCCCUAGGUGUCAUUUAUGACAUUAGCUACAAGGGGAAUUGCUUCUAUAAAGCUGCAGGUAGACCUUCCUUCAUACCACAUAGCCAGUACGAUGCGCAGAAAAUUCCAAUAAACAUACCUCAUAUAUAUAACUACGGGUACUUCAUAAUAGACGUAUAAUGGUGAC